CCGUUACCGAGAGGAGGAGAGUUUACACUUCUGAUUCUUUAAGUCUUAAAUAUGGCUGAACAUGUUCUGGAGUCCGGCCCGCCUUCAGCCAAGAGGCCCAAACUGUCCUCCCCUGCCCUGUCCGACGGAACCGAUUUUGGCUCCCUGUUCGACCUGGAGCACGACCUCCCAGACGAGCUCAUCGGCUCCUCAGACCUCGGGUUGGCCAACGGGGGGGACGUGAACCUGCUCCACGCCGGUCUGAGCGGAGGACAGGAUGCUGCUGCCAAACAUAAACAGCUGUCUGAACUGUUGAGGACUGCAGCUCCUCCUGGGGGGGUGAUGGGAGGUCCUCAGGGCGGACCCCCCCCUCAAUCUGUAUUCAUGCAGCAGGUCGGAGGGGGCGGGGCUGUGAACAGAGCGGCCAUGAUGGCUUCUCAGAAGGGGAACAAUGGAGCGCAGCAGCAAGGCCUGAUGGGAGGUCAGGUGAUGAACGGCUCAACGAGGGUCGGUUUCCCCGGAGGUGCAGGGAUGGUAAACAGUAACCACAUGUCAGCUGACGGCCUGCAGCCAAUCAGAACACAGCAACCGGCAGCUGUGAACAAGAUGAUGAUGGCUAACGUCGGCCCCUAUGGCGCUCCCUAUGCUCAGUCGGGGGGCCCGGGGCCUCCAGGAGCCGGGCUGGGCCCUCAGCACCAGAAUAAAACCAACAUGGCCGCUCAGUUCAACAUGGAGAAGACGGCGCCGGGUCAGAGCGUGACGGGGAUGCAACCCAGAGCGCUCACAGGAGUUUCUCUCAGCGGUGCGAUGGGCGGGGCUCAGGUGGGUCUGAACGCCGUGGGGGCGUGUCCCGGGACAGCGCCCCCUGCUGCAGAUCCUGAGAAACGUAAGCUGAUCCAGCAGCAGCUGGUCCUGCUGCUUCACGCUCACAAAUGUCAGCGCAGAGAGCAGGCGAACGGCGAGCCCAGGCCGUGUAACCUCCCGCACUGUCGUACCAUGAAGAACGUCCUGAACCACAUGACGCACUGCCAAGCCGGGAAGUCGUGUCAGGUGGCUCACUGCGCCUCAUCCAGACAGAUCAUCUCUCACUGGAAGAACUGCACCAAACACGACUGUCCCGUCUGUCUGCCGCUGAAGAACGCCGGAGACAAGAGGAGCCAGCAGGCUUUAGUGAACAGUGCUGGUUUAAUGAACUCUUUGGGGCCGGGGGCUCCUGGUGGACAGUCCAACCCCCCCACCCUGACCCCCCCAAACCAGAUCGACCCCGGCUCCAUAGAGAGAGCCUACGCCGCCCUUGGACUCACCUACCAGGGAAACCAGACCGCCCAGAACAACAUGCAGAGCCCAUCGGGGGUCAGGAGUCUGAACAGCAUGGGAGGAAACUCAAUGAAUGGAGGCGCGAGUGUUCAGUCAGCGAACCAGCAGCUGCACAACAACAUGAACACACAGAGCUUGAUGAACGAUGGUUUGGGGGCCCUGAGCUCGAUGCCCACAGCAGGUCCCCCUUCAUCAGACAUGACAAAGUCGUGGCAUGAAGACAUCACACAGGACCUCCGGAACCACCUGGUCCACAAACUUGUGCAGGCCAUCUUCCCCACCCCCGAUCCCGCCGCUCUCAAGGACCGCAGGAUGGAGAACCUGGUGGCCUACGCCCGAAAAGUGGAGGGGGACAUGUACGAUUCAGCGGGCAGCAGGGCUGAGUACUAUCACCUGCUGGCAGAGAAGAUCUAUAAGAUCCAGAAGGAGCUGGAGGAGAAGAGGAGAACACGGCUGCAGAAACAGGGCGGGACGACGGGACAUGCUGGCAUCUCCUCCCCCCCUCUCAGCAUGGGACAGCCCCCGAUUAACCUGGGACAGCCCCCCAUAAGCCCGGGACAAUCCCCCAAUGGUCCUCAUGUCGAUGCGUCCAUGAUGCGAGCAGCUGGAGCCAAUCAGAUGGUCAGGAUGCAGAGCCCUGCAGGACUCAGUCAGUUUGGUCAGGUGGGCGUUCAGUCGAUGGCUCAGAGGUUGACUCCUCCCCUUCCUCCUAACGCUCCAGUCAACCAGAUGACUAUGGGAGCCCGGGUGGGUCAGUCCAACGCAACACAGAUGCAGAACCAGUACCUCCCUGCAGCCCAACUUCCAGGGUCCAGUCCUGGUCAUGGUCCUGGUUACAGUCCUGGUCAUGGUCCUGGUUACAGUCAUGGUCCUGGUCCUGGUCCUGGUCCUGGUCAUGGUCAUGGUACCGGUCCUGGUCAUGGUCUUGGUCAUGACCCUGGUCCUGGGAUGAACCAGUCUGGAGGUCAGACUUCAGGUCCACAGAUGAACCACGCAUCCACACCGUCCCCCCUCCCAGCCUACAGCCCUGCAGCUCCGCCCCCCUCAGGCUCUGGGGGGCCCUGUAGUGUGGGGGGUACUGGGCCUCCAUCCUGCUCCUCCAGCCAGCCUCACUGCCCCCCCGUCAGGAUGAACUCCCCCUCACCUGCCCGCAGUUUAACACCUCAACCUCUCCAAACACCGCCCACUUUACCAAGAAGUCAGACCCCCCAGACCCCCAGCACCCCCCCACUGCCCCCCCAACAACAACAACAACAACAACAACAACACCAACGACUGCUACAACAACAACAACAACAACAACAUCCUGCUCCACUGCAGGCAUCAUCGGGGGAGACAGGCAACACAGACAAAGCCAAUCAGCUUCCUCAGCAGAUGCUUGGAGGUGUGGCUUCCCCAACCCUUCAGGCAGUUACCCAGAAUGCUUCAGUGCCUCUGCAGCGGCCGCAGACGCCGCUGUCUCCUAAACCCUCGGGGGCUGCAGACACUCAGGUGUCCUCUCCGGCCUCGCUCAGCAGCUCAGACCUCGCUCCAAACCAUGAUGACAUCAAGGUGGAGGUGAAGCAGGAGGAGGAGCGGGAGGAGGAGGAGGAAGAGGAGGAGGAGGAGGAAGGAGGAGACAGUAAAGGAGAGGGGAAGGGGAAGAUGGGAAAGGGUCAGAGUGACGUGAAGUCUGAGGACAAACCAGAGACUGAGAAGCCCUCAGGUGGGGGGGGUAAAGGUGAGCCCAUGGACACGCCCUCGUCCUCCAUGACCUCGUCAUUAUCCUCAGGUGAGGACAAGAAGGUGGAGGUGAAGAAGGAGCCCAAAGAGGAGAAGGAGGAGAAGGAUGAGGAGGGGUCUCCAGCUGGAGCUCAGAGCAAGAAGAAAAUCUUUAAGCCCGAGGAGCUGCGCCAGGCGCUCAUGCCCACCUUGGAGGCGCUGUACCGCCAGGACCCUGAGUCUCUCCCCUUCCGUCAGCCGGUGGACGCCCAGUUACUGGGAAUACCCGUACGUAUUCGAACUAGUAACAAAACUAACCUGGACUACUUUGACGUGGUGAAGAACCCGAUGGACCUGUCGACCAUCAAAAGGAAGCUGGACACGGGUCAGUACCAGGAGCCAUGGCAGUACGUUGACGAUAUCUGGCUGAUGUUUAACAACGCCUGGCUCUACAACCGCAAAACAUCCCGAGUGUACAAGUACUGCUCCAAGCUGGCCGAGGUGUUCGAGUCUGAGAUCGACCCGGUCAUGCAGGACCUGGGUUACUGCUGCGGGCGGAAGUUUGAGUUUUCUCCACAAACUCUCUGUUGCUACGGGAAACAGUUAUGUACCAUCCAACGAGACGCCGCUUACUUCAGCUACCAGAACAGUUCACCAAAAUAUGGGCUUCUCGCUGACAGGUACCACUUCUGUGAGAAGUGUUUCAACGAGAUCCAGAGCGAGAGCGUUUCCCUGGGAGACGACCCUGCCCAGCCUCAGACGUCCAUCAACAAAGAUCAGUUUCAACGGAAGAAAAAUGACACGCUUGACCCUGAACUACUGGUCGAAUGUUUGGACUGUGGUCGUAAAAAUCAUCAGAUCUGCGUCCUCCAUAAUGAAACCAUCUGGCCGUCAGGCUUCGUUUGUGAUGGCUGCCUGAAAAAAUCCAACAAGACUCGUAAAGAGAACAAAUAUGCAGCAAAGAGACUCCCUCAGACAAAGCUUGGCAGCUUUUUGGAGACGAGAUUGAACGACUACCUGAAGCGUCAGAGUCACCCUGAGACCGGUGAGGUCACCAUCAGGGUGGUGCACGUCUCUGAUAAGAUGGUGGAGGUGAAGCCAGGCAUGAAGUCCAGGUUUGUGGACAGCGGUGAGAUGGCAGAGUCCUUCCCCUACAGAACGAAAGCUUUGUUUGCCUUUGAAGACAUUGGUGGAGCCGACGUAUGUUUUUUCGGUAUGCACGUCCAAGAGUAUGGCUCUGACUGCCCUCCACCCAAUCAGAGACGAGUGUACAUCUCUUACCUGGACAGUGUGCACUUCUUCCAACCUCGACACCUGAGGACGGCCGUGUACUACGAGAUCCUGCUGGGUUACCUGGAGUACGCCAAGAGGCAGGGGUUUACCACGGGUCACAUCUGGGCGUGUCCACCCAGCGAAGGAGACGAUUAUAUCUUCCACUGUCACCCAGCUGACCAGAAGAUCCCCAAACCCAAACGCCUGCAGGAGUGGUACAAGAAGAUGCUGGACAAGGCCGUGUCAGAGCGCAUCGUGCAUGACUACAAGGACAUCUUCAAACAGGCGACCGAGGACCGGCUGACCAGCGCCAAAGAGCUACCGUACUUUGAGGGCGACUUCUGGCCAAACGUGUUGGAGGAGAGCAUCAAGGAGCUGGAGCAGGAGGAGGAGGAGAGGAAGAGGGAGGAAAACUGCACCUCCAACGAGAGCCCAGAUGUGAGUGCCUCUAAAGGUGACAGCAAGAACGCCAAAAAGAAGAACAACAAGAAGACGAGUAAGAACAAGAGCAACCUGAGCCGAGGCAACAAGAAGAAACCGGGGAUGCCCAAUGUGUCCAACGACCUGUCCCAGAAACUCUACGCCACCAUGGAGAAACACAAAGAGGUGUUCUUUGUCAUCCGCCUCAUCGCUGUCCCCACCGCCAACUCUCUGCCCCCCAUCACUGACCCAGACCCCCUAAUGGCUUGCGACCUGAUGGAUGGCCGGGAUGCCUUCCUGACGCUGGCCCGGGACAAACACCUGGAGUUCAGCUCUCUGCGGAGGUCCAGGUGGAGCUCCAUGUGUAUGCUGGUGGAGCUGCACAACCAGAGCCAGGACCGCUUCGUCUACACCUGCAACGAGUGCAAACAUCACGUGGAGACACGAUUCCACUGCACUGUCUGCGAGGACUACGACCUGUGCAUCACCUGCUACAACACCAAAGGCCACGAGCACAAGAUGGACAAACUGGGCCUGGGACUGGACGACGACAGCAACAACCCGGCAGCAGCAGCGACUCAGAGUCCCGGAGAUUCUCGUCGUCUCAGCAUCCAGCGCUGCAUCCAGUCUCUGGUCCAUGCUUGUCAGUGCCGCAACGCCAACUGCUCCCUGCCAUCCUGCCAGAAGAUGAAGCGCGUCGUUCAGCACACCAAGAGCUGCAAGCGAAAAACAAAUGGGGGUUGUCCAAUCUGCAAGCAGCUGAUCGCUCUGUGCUGCUACCACGCCAAACACUGUCAGGAGAACAAAUGUCCCGUCCCGUUCUGCCUGAACAUCAAGCAAAAGCUGCGUCAGCAGCAGCUGCAGCACCGCCUCCAGCAGGCCCAGAUGUUGAGGAGGAGGAUGGCAAGCAUGCAGCGGGUGGGGCAACCAGCCGGGGGGCCACCUGGAGGACCCGUUGUAGGACUUCAAUCACCUGGGAACAAUGGAACGACUGCACCCAGUACUCCAACAUCAGGUGGAACCCAGCCACCAACACCCCAGACCCCAACUCAGACCAUGCCUCCUGUCCCACAGCAGGGUCUGGGUCCUGGAGUCCAGCAGCUGCAGCAACAAGCUGGGAUGCCCAGCCAGCACACCCUCCAUCCCCAGUUCCAGCAAAUGGGUGGAGGGGGCAGGUUUGGGGGGGUAAUGAGCUCCCCUCAACAUCAGCAGCAAAGUGGAGCAAAUGCCCAACAGCUACAACAGAACUGUCUGCCUCCGUACACCAGCAGACCUCCAGGCUCCUCUCCCCUCCAUGCGUCCCAGGUAAAUCCUGUCCUCGGCUCUGCAACGCCUCCUCAGCAGCAGCAUCAGCCAGGUGGAGGUCAACAAGCUCCCGGCCAACUCCAGGGCCAGACUCCCUUUCCUCAGCAGCAACAGGCCCCAUCCGGCCCCCCCCAGGCAGCCGUAGAGAUAGCGAUGAAGAUCCAGCAGGUGGCUGAUGCUCAGAGGAAGAUGGCUCUGCAGAGACAGACAGCCACAGGCUUGAUCCCACCCCACCCUCACCAUCAGCAGGGCCCAGGUCAGCAAAUGGGCAUGGGACAUACAGGGGGGCCAGGGAUGGUGGGACCCCAGGGAAUGCCCCCCCAGACACCGGCAGCUGUCUCAGCAGGUCGGGCCCAUAUGGAUCCACAACCAGCUCCAUCAGGGAUGAUGGUCAGUGCUGGUGGUACCUCUCAGCAGGGUCACCUCCCCUCUCAGGUCCAGCUUCAGCAGCAGAGGGUGGGGGCACCACUCUCUCAACAGCAGCAGCAUUGGGGGGGGCAGGGGAUGCCCCCCCAGCAGAGACCAGCAGUGAUGAACCAUUCAGCAGUGAUGGCAGCUCAACAACAAGGGGCUCACCAACAGACUCAGGGCCACACUGCCUUAAUGAACAUGGGACAGCAGCUAAGUGCAGUUGGGGGGGGCCCGGGGGGGCCAGUACCUGGAGCUGCCGGGGGGAACAUUCCUCAGGCCGCCCUGCAGGACCUUUUACGGACUCUCCGCUCGCCAAGCUCCCCCCUGCAGCAACAGCAAGUCCUCAACAUCCUACGCUCCAACCCGCAACUCAUGGCGGCUUUCAUCAAACAGAGAGCAUCAAAAUACAAGGGAGGGCCGGGCUGUUUACCUGGAGGUCCAACAGGGGGUCCUGGUCCAACAGGCGGUCCUGGUUGUAAUGUUAUGGCUGGAGGGCCUCCACAGGUGAACAUGAAUGCUUCAGGGCCUGGACAGCCUGGGAUGCACAUGGGUGGUCAGGGGGGGUCGACUGUUAACAUGGCAACAAUUGCCCAACUGCAGCAAGCACAGCAGCAACAGCAACUAAACCAACCGCAACAACUACAACAUCAACAACAACUGCAACAGCAGCAACAACUACAACAACAGCAACUACAACAGCAGCAACAAAUACAACAGCAGCAACAAAUACAACAACAGCAACAACUACAACAGCAGCAACAACUACAACAACAGCAGCAACAACUACAACAGCAGCAACAACUACAACAGCAGCAACAAAUACAACAGCAGCAGCAACAACUACAGCAGCAACAACAAAUACAGCAGCAACAACAACUACAACAGCAUCAACAAAUACAACAGCAGCAGCAACUACAACAGCAGCAGCAACUACAACAGCAACAGCAACUACAACAGCAACAGCAACUACAGCAGCAACAACAACAAUUACAGCAGCAGCAAAUACAACAGCAGCAGCAACAACAACUACAACAGCAACAGUUGCAGCAGCAGAGACCAAUGCUCAACAAUGUACAGCAGGGGGGGGUCAGAGGUCUACAGGGGGGGCCACAGAUGGGGAAUCUUAACAAUCCUCAGUUUAGAGAGUUGCUCAGGAGGCGACAUCUUCAGCAACAACAGCAGCAGCAGCAGCAACAACAACAACAACAGCAACAACAUCUGCAGCAGCAGAUAGGGGUGGGUCCCGGUCAGUUCCAGCAGCCUCCUCAGGUUCAGAACUUUGUGGGUCCGUCCGGGAUGCAACCCCCUGCUGCAGGAAAGGGCCCCCAAACAGACCCCUCUCAGCAGCACCAACUGGGUCAGCAAGGUCCAUGUGGAGGAGGUCCUCAGCAGCCCCCUCAGAGUGCUCCCCCUCCGUCCUCUCAGGCCCUGCUCCAGCAGGCGCUCCACCAGAGGCUGCUCCAGCAGCAGCAUCUGGGUCCAGGGGGGUCUCCAGGCCAGCACAGCAGUCCCAUGAGCCCACAGCAGGUGGCCCAUUCCCCCCACCCCCACCUUCAGGGCCAGACUGUGCAUACGCCGCUCGCCAACCAGGUCCGAUCCCCGCAGCCUUCCCCAAGACCCCAGUCCCAGCCGCCACAUUCAAGCCCCUCGCCCCGCCUGCAGCCCCAUCCCUCCCCCCAUAAUAUCUCCCCCCAGGUGCAGUCGGGAUCUCCACACCUGAACCAGCACCACCCAGGCAUGGUGGCGCCCCCGCAGCAAAACUCUCUGGACCAGUUUGGACGGGAUCAAAGCGCCAUGCUUUCUCAGCUGGGUACCAUGGGGGGUCUCCAUGGGCCGGGGGGAGGCAGUCAGGACCCUAUGAAUCACAACCCUUUAGACCUAAUGUGAGCGUGUCAAAAGGACUCCCCUGGACGGGUCGUUCACCUGGACGGGUCGUUCCCCUGGACAGUGUUACAGAUUUUUUUUUUUUUUUGUUAUUUAAAAUGUUUUGAAUAAAGUUUCUUUGAAUGAGCUUCCUAUGGGAGAUAAAGUUGGUGGUUAAUAAUUAUGAAUAAAUUGAAUUAACUUAUUGCUGUUAAUAUAUGUUUUCCCACCUGUGGACGGGGGUUUGGUGGGGUUCCUCCAGCAGCCCCCCCCCUCGUCUCCGCCUCGUAAACAAAGAUAUUUGGUGGGUAAAAUGGACUCAAAGCCUUUUUUAAGAAAAGUUUUUAAGAUUUUUAGUGUUGGAGAAUUAAGGAGAUGAUUUAAUGCAAAGAACUUUUUUAUCGUUUUAGUUUCCCAUCAUUCAGUCUGUUUUUUUGUCCUGCAGACUGAUGUGGAGGAUUAUUCACAUGAUCUACUUUAUUUAUUCUAUCUGGGGGGAGGUGUACGGCGAGACUGCUACAGUUUGUACAGAAAUAUAUUUUUGUUACUGACUGUUAGGUUGGGUUAGUGAAUAUUUCUGUCUGUGUGGGUGUGUCCAUUAUGUGGGCGUGUCUGGUGUAUGAACAUGUCAUGUCUGUGGGCGUGUCCAGUGUGUGGGCGUGUCUAGGUGGAUAAUUGCCAGUGUUUUCUCACAGCUGUGUUGGAGACGUUAAAGGACUCGAGACGUCGAUCAAGCUGCACAAACUUUUAAACAUGCUAACCCCCUCCCCUGAUUGUGUGCUCUCCCUCCUCUAACGACACUUCACACGGAGCAGCUUGGGGAGGGGGGCAUACCUGUGUGCCUGUAAAGAUGUGGGGGGGGCUCCUUUUGGUGUUGUUAGGAUUCUUCUGUUUGCAAGAAACAGAUUUCUGAUCCAAAUGAACUGUUGCACAGAAACAAGGAGAAAAGAGGAGAGCAGACGACUCAGCCUCUUUUCUGCCUCCUCCUUUGCUGCUUACCCGGGACUUCAACUCUCCUCCCCCCUCUCCUCCUCCUCCCCCUUCGAGGGAGUUCUCCCUCUGUUACACUCCAUCCUCUUAUCUUUCUGCUAAGGUCUUUGGAAGUUUAAUAUUUUUUACUGUACAGAGGAAACAAACUUAAAUACUGUUUUUAUAAUAAAAUGAAAAUGACAUCA